AUGGCCUCCACAGGAGUCAACAUGCUCCGCUGGGGCGCAAUGGUCACCGGCGUCUUCUACGGCUUCUCCCACCAAACCGCCAUCACAUCGCGCGACAAGACCGCCCACGCACAGCACGAAUGGGAUAGCAAGGCGAAACUGAUAGAUCAGGCGAAAGCCGAGUAUCAGCGGAAGACGCAGCCGCAGCCGAAGGGUGGAGUGAUAUCGAACCCGGAAGACCCGAAAUUCGACCUCGAGCUGUAUGUCAAGGAUAUGGAGGCCAAGAACAAGCGAUAG